AUGAACUCGAGAAAAUGGAAUUAACAAAGUGGUGAAAUUUCGCAAAUUUGGUUGACCAUAAGUGGAGGCCUAAAACAUAAAUGGAAAUUACAAAGAGGCAAAUAAAAUAGUUAGCAAAUUAAUUAAGUAUUAAAGAAAAUUCAUACCCUUUAGAGCGUUCAAAGCGCUAUAGACCUUAUAUAUAUGACCUCAGAUCAGAGAAUUACAUGUCUAAAUAAUCUUAACUUUGGUUUAUUAUUUUUAAUUGUAAUGAGUUAAGCUAAUUUAGUGCAAACAUCACUAUUGCAAUUCUUAAACCCUCCAUAAGCAAGCACAUACACAAACAAUGCAUUAAAUAGUGAAAGAAUAAUAAAAAUUAGUAAGUAUAAUCUUUGUUAGUUUUAUAGCAGCGAUUGAAUAAACUUGGAAAGUAUAGAGAUGGUGGAGAAAAAUAAAAAUAGUGGGAUCUAAUAAUUAUUCGGAAAGGUUAGUAAGAUGGAAUAAAAAUAAAUUCAACGCAUUAGACACUCAAGAGUUAUAUGAAAAUAUUGGGAUGAUAUUAAGAGAAGACUAAGAUGAAUAGAUGAGUUAGAAAUUGUGGAAGAAUAACGAGUAUUGUAAUAACGAGAGAAGGUAGUAAGGAAAUUGUGGCAGCUGAAAUUGUCAACUUGGAUGGAUA